UUCUGUGACUUUUAUUAUUAGAUAAUUACUUGUGCAUACCAAAGCAUAGGGUAAAUUAAGUGAGGUGGAUUGUAAAAUAUAUCAAUGCUAUGAAAUAUAAGCUAUUAAUAGGUUAGACUUAGGUUUAUUGACCUGGAAUUUAUGAUCUGGCUUUAGGGGAAAAUAUGUUACAGAAUGAUUUUAUAUAUGCAUAUCUACCCCUUUUUGCUUAAAAGAAAAAAAAAAAAGUGGGAGAAACCUCAAAUCCUAGUAUGAAUAUAUAUUAGAGAAGAUGUACACCAAAAAAAUAUUACUACUACCUUUAGGGGAGUGAGAUUUGGAAGGAUGGAGGGAGACUGCUUCUUUAUGUCUGAUUAUUCAAAUUGUUCUGGAAAAAGAAACUGAAAUGGAAAAACUCGAAUAGCUCAACAGAAAGUAGGGUCCUUAACCUGAAUAGUUUUAGGUGACCAAAGCUGGUUCUUAAUUUCAGGACUAAUUUCCAGCAGCAAUCAGUUAAGUCAGCUCCCACACUGAUUUUUGAGUAUGUUUAUUGUUUGAAUGGGAUGUGUGCACUUGAUAAUCUCCUUAGAUACUAAGCUGAUGCCCAAAUUGUUUAAAAUGCGUGGUGCUUGUUAUUUCUCUGUAUUUUGCUAAUAAGCUUUUGCCUUGUUCUGGGAAUUAAAAUCCUUUCACUAGCCCAAUUAAAUUUGUUAAGGGAGGGCCUCUAUGAAAAGGCCCUUCUCUGAGGUCUUUGAGUGGAAAUGAUUGGUUCUGAAAAUUCUUCUUCAUCGACUCUUAAAACAUUUUAUAAUCAUUGAACACUCAUUAUGAAGGCUGUCUCAACUUCUUCCCUCCAAAAUGCUAAGGAAUAACUUAGACAACAGUUCAGACUCUAAAAAUGAAGAUGGCUCGGUCUUUUCACAGACUGAACACAAUAUUGUUGCAGCUUACUUGAUCACAGCAGGUAUGAUAAGUAUUCUCAGCAACAUAAUAGUUCUGGGCAUCUUCAUUAAGUACAAAGAACUUCGGACUCCCACAAAUGCAAUUAUCAUUAACCUGGCUGUUACUGACAUAGGGGUCAGUAGCAUUGGAUAUCCCAUGUCUGCAGCUUCAGAUCUGUAUGGAAGUUGGAAAUUUGGAUAUGCAGGAUGUCAGAUUUAUGCUGGGUUGAAUAUCUUUUUUGGAAUGGCAAGUAUUGGAUUACUCACUGUUGUGGCUAUGGAUCGAUACCUGACCAUCUGCAGUCCUAACUCAGGAAGAAGAAUGACCACCAACACUUACAUCAGCAUGAUUCUGGGGGCCUGGCUCAAUGGUCUCUUUUGGGCUUUGAUGCCUAUCAUAGGGUGGGCUAGUUAUGCCCCAGAUCCUACUGGGGCUACUUGUACCAUAAACUGGAGGAAAAAUGAUGCAUCUUUUGUUUCUUUCACGAUGACAGUUAUUGCGAUAAAUUUUAUUGUACCCUUGACAGUGAUGUUUUACUGUUAUUACCAUGUCACUCAAACCAUUAAAUGUCAUGAUACUAGUAACUGCACUGGAUACCUCAACAGAGAUUGGUCAAAUCAGGUAGAUGUGACAAAGAUGUCUGUGAUAAUGAUAUUUAUGUUUCUGGUGGCGUGGUCCCCUUAUUCCAUCGUGUGCUUAUGGGCUUCUUUUGGUGACCCAAAGAAGAUCCCUCCCUCAAUGGCCAUCAUAGCUCCACUAUUUGCAAAAUCUUCUACAUUCUACAAUCCCUGUAUUUAUGUGGUUGCUAAUAAAAAAUUUCGGAAGGCGAUGUUUGCCAUGUUCAAAUGUGAGAAUCGCCAACCUAUGCCCGUCACAAGUAUUUUACCAAUGGAUGUAUCUCAAAACCCACUGACUUCUGGAAGAAAGUGAAAUAAGAGAAAAAGCACACAGUAUCAAAGUUUUUUUAUUUACUUUUUUCUCCAAUGGUUUAGUUUUAUUUUAAAUAUGAUCGUGUUUAGAUCAGAUACAUAGAUUAUUGUCCUAUUAGACCCUAAAUGCCUCAAGUGUUUCUCCUAUUUCUUCUAUUUGUGGGAUGGCUACUGUAGUGAAUGUUUCUUUAUGCCCUUUAUGUAAACUUAUGUCCAUCUCCUUUGAUGAAGCUAGGCCCAUGAGAUUAAGGCCCAUUCUAUUUCUCCCAAUCAUGGCAUUCAUUACACUGUAUCAAUGACCAAGUAACUUGCCUGGGUCCUCCAUUAGACUAGAAGUAGCCAUUAUUUUAAUAUUGAAAUAAAUUAAUAAUAAUAAAUAGUCUUCAGUAAGUAAAUUACAGAAAUGAGGUGUUGGAUGUUCCUAGAUGGAACUAGACGGAAAACAUUUUUAGCAUUUCACUCUUAAAAUUUUAAUGCAAAUAUGAACAUACUAUUUAACAAAAAUAAUCAAAUGAAUAUUAAACACUUGCUUCUAAAUCACAUUAGUUGAUGCACAUAUUUACUUUAUAUAGCAAUAUAAUUUCUGUAUAUUAUUAUGUAUUCUGCAUUUUCAAUUAACAUUUUUCUGUAUAUAUAUUUCCAUAUAUUUGCCACUAGACUUAAUUUAAUCAGAGUGGGUUUUUUGUGUUUUGUUCUUUUGUUCCUAUUUUGUCUGAAAUUUACUUCAUAGUGGCAAGAACACAGCAUGCAAUCUACCCUCUCAACCAGUUUUUAAGUGUACAAUAUAGUAUUGCUAACUGUGACUACAGUAUUGCACAGCAGAUCUGUAAAACUUAUUGUCUUGCUUAACUGAAAUGGCUAUUGAUAGCUGUAUGCUUGCUCUUUGAUGUAUUCUUAGCACAUAACUGCAUGUUGCUUGGUACAUAGUAGGCACUCAAUAAAAAAACUGUUGAAUGUGAAAUGCA